CUCCCCCCUCUGCAGGGACAAACGCUGCCGUCCUGCUGCCGUCUGCCUGCAGAACCCCGUCCCCUCGGCGUCCCCAUGGGUGUCUUGAGCUGCGUGAAGUACCUGAUGUUCAUCUUCAACGUGCUGGUGUUUGCCGGGGGGACGUGCCUGGUGGGCGUCGGGGUCUGGGUGGCCGUGGACCCGGCUGGUUUCCAGGACAUCGUGGCCGCCAAGCCUGUGCUGAGCGCGGGCGCCUACCUGCUGCUGGCCGUGGGCAUCGCCCUCUCGCUGCUGGGCUUCCUGGGGUGCUGCGGGGCCCUGCGCCGGAGCCGGCUCCUGCUGCUGGUGUUCUUCGUCCUCGUCAGCCUCGUCUUUGUCACACAGCUGGUCGGGGCUGUGCUCUUCCUGGUGCACUGGAAACAGGUAUUGUCCCUGCGCCCUGCCGCAGCGCCCAGCCGCUCUCCUCCCUCCAUCAUGCCACCGAUCAUGGCCCUGGGUCCCUCAGCAACCAACUGGGGACAGGGACGGUGCAGGGUCGUCCUCCUCACCCUCACCUUCAUCACCAGCACGCUGAGCAAGCCUGAGCCCAGCUGGCCCUACCACACGGAGGGGCUGUGUCCCUCUGCCCCCGUGAGCUGGUGGCACUGGGUGGUUGAUGGCGGGUGUGCGGUGACUCCGUGCCUGGGACUGGUCCUGGGAUGCUCACGGGUGGCGCUGACCCCACAGAUCCGGCCAGAGCUCUUCCUGUCUGAGCUGCAGAGGAACUACCGCGGGGAUGAGGACGCCGAGGUCUUCUCUGUGGCCUGGAACACCCUCAUGGUCAUGUUCUCCUGUUGUGGCGUUUUAGGGCCUGAAGACUUUGGGAAUGGCUCCCGGUUCCAGGAGCUGCAUCCGGGGACGCCCUGGCCGCAGGCGUGCUGUGCCCGGGACGGGCUCCUGCAGGCAGGCGAGCUGCUGGGCUGGGAGCAGUGCCGGGAGAGGAGCCCUGGCUACAUCCACGAGCAGAUCUUUGCCAUGUUCUUUGCCUUUUGCCUUUACUACAACUUCGACUGA